AACACACGCACGCAGAUAUAAAACUAUAGAAUAUACAUCUGCGAUAUUUAUUUCCAUAAUUGUUACCUUGUUUGGUUAAUAUAAGGUCAAAGCAUUAGUAUACACAUACACGUCACAAAAAAAUUGAGCGGCAUGAUGAAGAUUUGCAUGAGCGUUUGUAGACCGCCAUUGCCGCCGUCUCAACUGGACUUCUCCCCCACGAGACUCAACCCCGACAUCCUCAGCCUCAACCCCCACCCUCCAAAAGACAAGGUCGUCGUCAUCAUGGGCGCCACUGGCACCGGAAAAUCACGACUCUCCGUCGACCUCGCCACCCGUUUUCCGGCCGAGAUCAUAAACUCCGACAAGAUCCAAGCCCACCAAGGCCUCGACAUUGUGACCAACAAGAUCACAGCCGAGGAAAGCUGCGGCGUUCCUCACCACCUCCUCGGCGUCUUGCCUCCCAACGCUGAUUUCACGGCCGCCAACUUCCAGCAGAUGGCGAAUCUCUCGGUGGAGUCCAUCGUCAGUCGUGGUAAGCUCCCCAUCAUCGUGGGAGGCUCGAACUCUUACGUGGAGGCUUUGGUUGACGACGACGACUGCAAGUUCAGGUCGAAGUACGACUGCUGUUUCCUGUGGGUGGACGUGUCGAUGCCGGUCUUGCAGGGGUUCGUGUCGGAGAGAGUGGAUAAGAUGGCGGAGAAGGGAAUGGUGGAGGAAGUGAGAGAGAUGUUCGAUUACUCGGACUCGGAUUACACGAGAGGAAUCAGAAAGGCCAUCGGAGUUAAGGAGUUCGACUGGUAUUUCAGGGCAGAGCCGUUCCUGAACAAUGGGGAGAGAGAGGAGAUGUUGAGGGAAGUGAUAGAGGAGAUCAAGAGGAACACGUGCGCGUUGGCAUGUCGGCAGAGGGAGAAGAUCGAACGGCUCAGGAGGGUUAAGGGAUGGAGCAUCCAAAGGCUCGAUGCCACGGCCGUUUUCCGGCAGAAGGGAGAUGCAGACGGCACGUGGGAGAGGAUGGUGGCUGCCCCCAGCACCCCCGCCGUCGCCAGGUUCCUCCUCGACAUCGCCAGCCGUCCGCUCGCUCGGGGUCGCAACAUGGCGCGGUGUCUCGUGGCCUGAUCUUCCCCCCACAAUCACAACCAAAGCGAAUCAAGAUUAGUAGCAUGAUAAGUUGUUAACAAAACUUUUUGGUCACUUUGAUGUGACGAUAUAUAU